CAGAUGCCUAUAGAGUUCACCGUAAUAGACGCUCCAGGAGUAGGCAACACAUUAAAAGACGACACCAGCAAUCGCUUGAACGUGAGAAGACAAGCUCACUUAAUACAAGCAAGCUACGGAAUUACAAUAAGAGCAUCAAAGCUACAGGAAAAUAUACUUCGGAUGAGGACGAAGAGAAAGUACCAUUGAAACAAAGUAGUUAUGAUGAGAAACCAUACGAGCAGUUUGGCAAUGUUUUAGCGGAAACUGUUGCCGCAAAAGAGACCACAGAUAGUUAUGAAUCGGCUGAAGUUUGUACAGUAAAAGUUAUAAAGAUUAGUGGUAAUCUUGCUGAUAGCACCGAAGAAGACGAAGACAACGAAGCACCAUUCAGCAGUCUAGAUGGAACUGACGAUGCUAUUAAGAACAACGACGAAACGAAAACCGAAUCACCAGUGAAACUGAAUGCGCCACCAACAAAAAAUAUUUGUGUUGCUAUAAAAGUGUCUGAAGAAAUUGAUGUUAAAUACAAUGAAAGCGCUGUCGUUCUCGAGGAACUAAGAGAUUGCGCUGUACCGACGCCAACGCAUGCAAGUUUUGAAUUGUUUGAAGAAGAAACAGCUGAUAUUGGUACAAAAGCAACAGCAGAAGAAACUGCAAGCGACAUAGUCGUACACAAGACAAACAAUGAUAACAACGAACACGAACCAGCAGAGUCCUCAGAAAUAGCACUGCAUCCGGAACUAGCGUCCGAGAAAAACAUCAACGACGACGAAGGUGACAACCGCGACAACUGCGACGGUGACGACAACACGGGUACGCUUACGCAAUGUUUAACCACAAAACCCGAAGCGAACGCCAACAACACGACUACUACAACAAACAUCGCCAACGUCUUGGCGGACGAAGAGAAUUGGCGCGAUAGUGUACGCGAAUCGAUUGAGUGUUACUACUCGGCACAGGAUCUGCUUGAGUACGGACAUCUCUUGAGUAGUGGCCUUAAAACGCCAGACAUUGAGUCUGGUUAUUUUGAACGAUCCGAAUCGGAUAUAUCACGUGAUGAGAACGAAGUGUAUACGAAUAAUUUAAGUAAUAGACUAAGACAACGUUCAUUUUCGAAAACGUAUAAUACCCAGUUAACCAAUAUGUCGGAGAGUUUACGUUUCGAAUUGAAUCGUUUCAAAACGAUGAUCGAAUCGAUCGAACGUGAACGUAUUUAUGGACAGACGGUGCAAACGAAACAGGAUACAUACGAAACGGUUACUAAAGCAGAAGAGAGUUAUAAUGUUGAUAUGGAGGCUGAAGUGACGGCAACGGCAGAAGCCGUGGCGGAGGCGAUAUCUAUAACAAUCACCGGUGCUGCCGAAACGGCAGAAAACGCCAGCGCGAUGGAUGUGGAUGAGGAGGAAGACAUGGAUGUGGAGGGCGCUGUGGGUGGCGAUGAUGAUGAUACGCGUGGCUAUUGGUCCACCAUUUUCGGACAAGCCAGUCAAAUCGAGGAGACCACGCCGGAAAUGACGCUUGACGAACGCUUCGCUGAUAUACAAAAAGCACAUCGUGCCCUUGAAUUAUUGGAGGAUUAUCACUCGAGACUAUCAGAGCCGCAGGAUCGUGCACUGCGCAUAGCCAUCGAACGGGUGAUACGGAUUUUCAAAUCACGCUUAUUUCAAGCCUUAUUGGAUAUUCAAGAAUUUUAUGAACUAACACUGCUGGAUGACUCGAAGACAAUACAGCAGAAGACAGCGGAAACACUGCAAAUCGCUAGCAAAUGGGAACAGGAUGGUCAUGCAAUAAAAAUCGCUGAUUUUAUGAGAAAUUUUAAUCGAAAUUAUGCAUUUGCCACGGAACCAAUAUCCGAUCCCAAACAAUUACAUACGAUAAUUCCGCUUGGCGAUGACACUGGUGUGGAUGAGUUGCUCUUGAAUCAGCGCAUGAAAGUUGAUGGCGACGCCGACAUUCCCAAAGAGAGUGCGGCCGUUAGCGGUACUGGCGCAAGUGAGGGCGGCAGCAGCAGCUCUGCAAAGGCGGCGGCGGCAGCGGCAGCGGCAGCUCGUUCUCCUGAAUCGGCGCCCUAUCAGAACCGGCAGCAGCAACAGCAGCAGCAGCAGUCCAAUACCAAUGUGGAGACUGUAAGCAGCGAAGCUAUACACAGAGCGUCAUCGUCGAAGGUGAACGGUGAUGAGAGCUGGCAAUAUGAGGAUAUUACCUUGGAGCGUGGCAAUUCUGGUCUUGGUUUUUCGAUUGCCGGCGGUACAGACAAUCCACACAUCGGCACGGACACCUCCAUUUAUAUAACGAAAUUGAUACCGGGCGGUGCCGCCGCUGCCGAUGGCCGUUUAUGCAUAAACGAUAUCAUUGUGUCGGUGAAUGAUGUCUCCGUGGUGGAUGUGCCACACGCAUCCGCUGUGGAUGCGCUCAAAAAGGCCGGCAAUGUGGUGAAAUUGCAUGUGAAAAGAAAACGUGGCGGCGGCGGCGGUGGUGGUGCUGCUGCUGGUGAUGCUACUGCCGCCACAUCAGCCACAUUGCCACGCAGUGCUGCCGCUGCAGCUGCUGCGGCUGCUGCUGCCGCUGGUCCGAAAGUGAUCGAGAUCGAUUUGGUGAAAGGUGGCAAGGGUUUGGGCUUCUCCAUAGCCGGCGGUAUUGGUAAUCAGCAUAUACCGGGCGAUAACGGUAUUUAUGUAACGAAAAUCAUGGAAGGUGGCGCCGCUGCGGUCGAUGGACGCCUCUCGAUUGGCGAUAAACUGAUUGCGGUGCGCACAAAUGCGGCCGAAACUAAUCUGGAGAAUGUGACACACGAGCAAGCGGUCGCCACACUCAAGUCAAUUACGGACAAAGUAACGUUGAUCGUUGGCAAGACACAGCAUUCAGUCAGCUCAUCACAGCCACAAUUUGCGCCGAUUAAUUCGCAUUCAACAGGUGCGAUAAAUAAUAUUGGAAAAACAGUUGUUGAUUUUGCUCGUUCACCAUCACCCACAAUCACCACCACCACCACUACUACCACCACGUACAACAACAACAAUGUUAGCCACACAGCUUCCACGAAUAAUAUCAACAAUAAUAUACAAUCCUCAGUACCCGCCUCCUCCACAGCAGCUGGUGUUGUUGCAUCAACAUCCAGAUCCCAUUCACCUUUGCCUCAACCAGCAUCUAGGUAUGCGUCAUCGAAUGUAUUGGCCGCUGUGCCACCCGGAACGCCACGUGCCGUCAGCACUGAGGAUAUUACACGUGAACCGCGCACAAUCACCAUACAAAAGGGUCCACAAGGUUUGGGCUUCAAUAUCGUCGGCGGCGAGGAUGGCCAAGGUAUAUAUGUGUCAUUUAUACUGGCUGGCGGACCCGCUGAUGCUGGCGGCGAGCUGAAACGUGGCGAUCAACUCAUGAGCGUCAAUAAUGUCAGCUUGAAUAAUGCUACGCACGAGGAGGCCGCUCAGGCGUUGAAGAGUUCCGGUGGCGUUGUCACAUUGGUCGCUCAAUAUCGCCCCGAGGAGUACAAUCGCUUUGAGGCGCGCAUACAGGAGUUGAAACAGCAAGCUGCGCUCUCGGCCGGCGGCACGGGCACACUGUUGCGCACCUCACAAAAGCGUUCGCUCUAUGUGCGUGCGCUCUUCGAUUACGAUCCGAAUCGUGAUGAUGGUCUCCCCUCACGCGGGUUGCCCUUCCGCCAUGGCGAUAUACUGCACGUGACCAAUGCAUCGGAUGAUGAGUGGUGGCAGGCACGUCGCGUGCUCGGCGACAGUGAAGACGAACAAAUCGGUAUUGUGCCAUCGAAACGACGAUGGGAGCGAAAGAUGCGCGCACGCGAUCGCAGUGUUAAGUUCCAAGGUCAUGCCGCAACCAAUAACAAUUUGGACAAGGUCAGUAAUGAGCAAUCAACGCUCGAUCGAAAGAAGAAGAAUUUCACAUUUUCACGGAAAUUCCCGUUCAUGAAGAGUCGCGAUGAGAAAUUGGGCGAAGAUGGCAGCGAUCAAGAGCCAAACGCUAACGGAGUUGUAAACAGCAAUAGUGAACUUGAUGUUAACAAUGUUAACAACAAUGAUUCAAAUGAACCGCAACCUUUUAUGCUUUGCUACACACAAGACGAUGCCAAUGCUGAAGGAGCCGAAAUUAUCUACCGUGUGGAGUUGCCAGACAUGGAGCAGAUAACACUAAUCUAUUUGGAGAACAGCGAUGCUGACUAUCCAUCCGAAGAGAAUGUGCUCUCGUACGAGGCCGUACAACGGUUAUCCAUUAACUAUACACGACCGGUUAUCGUGCUCGGCCCAUUGAAGGAUCGCAUCAAUGAUGACUUGAUAUCGGAGUAUCCCGAGAAGUUUGGCUCCUGUGUACCACAUACGACUCGACCGAAGCGCGAUUACGAGGUGGAUGGCCGUGAUUAUCACUUUGUCUCGUCACGCGAGCAAAUGGAACGCGAUAUACAAAAUCAUCUGUUCAUCGAAGCGGGCCAAUACAAUGACAACCUCUAUGGCACAUCGGUGGCGAGCGUACGCGAAGUGGCGGAGAAGGGUAAACACUGCAUUUUAGAUGUGUCGGGCAAUGCCAUUAAGCGGCUGCAAGUCGCUCAACUAUAUCCAAUUGCUAUAUUUAUCAAACCGAAAUCGGUGGACUCAAUAAUGGAAAUGAAUCGACGCAUGACAGAAGAGCAAGCGAAGAAAACAUACGAACGUGCGAUUAAAAUGGAACAAGAAUUCGGCGAAUACUUCACAGGCGUAGUGCAAGGCGACACCAUCGAAGAGAUCUAUAGUAAAGUCAAGGCGAUGAUCUGGUCACAAUCGGGACCAAUCAUUUGGGUGCCAUCCAAAGAAUCUCUAUGACCAACAGCCACGACGACAUGGACACUGCCGCCUCGAGUACGCUGUCGACCAGUCUCGAGAUCAACAACAAAUCAACAUCAACAGCAAACGCACUGAUUUUGAACGACAUUGAUGGAACAUGAUGUCGCCAACGACAACAACAACAACAACAACGCAUAAACACGUAAACGAAAUGCAGCCGAUAUGAUUGAUACAAUGCGUGCGUUAAUGAAAAUGAGUUAAACGAGGAAAGAAUUUGAAAAAAGCCAGACACACACACGCGUUGCAUAAAAACUGCAGUAAAAUGACAUACACACAAAAUGCUGGCAGCUUUUGGCAGAUAAAUAUAAGCUAAAAGCAACCAUCUGGUGAUGUAAUGUGGCUGGUGUGUAUGUCAGCGUGUGUUUAUGCGCCUUUUUCAGUCGGUUGUUUACGUCGUUUACGGCGACAGCGCGUUAUGAAAAGAAUUGAAGUGAAAAUAUGAAACUAAAAACACUAUAGAAGAAGAAAUAUGUUGUAGCUAAUAUAAAGAAAACAACAAAAACAAAUAAUAAUAAUGAAUAUAGAAAUAAGUCAGGCUGCGACUACUCUACUACAUACAUACAUAUAUACUGAUAAUGAUGAUGAUGAUGAUGAUGGUGCAUUUGUUGUUUGUUUGUUACCGCUAGCAAUUAAAAAAAAAAGAAAAAAAAUCGAUAAUCGUUUAAUAGAUAUAUAUAUGUAUGUAUAUAUAAAUAUACAUUUGCAUAUAUAGCAUUAUAUAUAUACUAUAUAUAUAUAUAAAGAAAUAGUAACGAAGCAAAAAUUUAUUUAAAAAAAAUUGUAAUGCAUAUUGAGUGCAGAUACGCUUCAUACAUAAAAAAAUUGCAAAUACUACACGCAUACAUACAUAUAUAAAUACAGACGUACAUACAUACAAACAUACCUGCUUGCAAACAUAUAUCAUUAACUGAAAAAUAAUUAAAAAAAAAACAGAUUGCAAAGAUCAACUCUGCAAAAUUGCGUAAACGAGACAUAAAUAGUUUGAAGUGCAGCAAGCAAGCUCUAGUAUGAUAAUAAAUUCAAAUAAAUUAAAAAAAAUAUAUAUAUAUUUCCAGUGCCGAUGAACAAACUCGCUUACAUACAUACAUGUACAAUAGGCAAUGCAGUAAUAAAUGCAAAAACAAAAUAUACCGUUGAAGUUAGUUGCGUACAGUUAAAGUUGUUGAUGAAAAAAAGAAAAUAGCGUGCGAAGCAAAUUAGUAAAACCUAACCUUAAAAAAAAUUGCAAAUUUAAUUAAUUGAGAAAUGCGUAGUUAAAGUGAAAAAGAAAAUUUAAGCAUUGUUUUAUUAACGUUAUAACGUACAAUAAUUUAUUUAUAUUACAAAAAAAAAUAUAAAAAUAUAUAUAUAUAAAUAUAUAUAUAAAAAACUUAUAUAUGCUGAAGAGUAAAGUAAAAAAAAUUAAAAAGAAACGUUAAAUGAGAGGUGUAUGUUGUAGAAGAAAAAAAUUGUAUUUGUCAUAAAGAAAAUAUUUGUAAAAGCAACAACACAAUAUUUUAUGUAAUAAUUACGUUUAUAAUUUUUUUAUUAUUAUUAUUUUUAAUUUUUUAUUAUUAAUUAUUCUAAGCGUUUAACAACAAUUUUACUUUCCUACCAAACUGUCACAAUUUGUCUUUAAUGCUAUAACAAUAAUAAUAAUUAUGUAUUUAAACAGUGAAAUCGUACAAAAAAAGAAAACAAAAAAAAAAAAUACUUGUGUUUGUAAGCUGCUACACUGUGUCUAAUGAACCGUAAAAAGUUAAUAUUUUGUAUGAACUGCAAUGCUGUUGUUGCAUUCACAAUUAAUAAUUUUUGUAUUUGAAUUUGUUUUUGUAUUGCCCAGUUUGGUUGUGUUUUGUAAAGAAAAAAGAAAACAUUUACAACAACAAUAACAACAACAAAAUAAUAUUAUUUAAGCCUUGUAAAUGCGCUUAUGCAAAUAUGCAUAGUUCAAAAAAUAGUGAGGUUAAAUUCGAAUAUGCUACUUACUUACAUACACACACACAUACAUACAUAUUCUACUUUUAUUUAUAAUUUUUAUUUACCACUCUGUUUUACGAGUUUAUUAUUACACUUAUCGACAACAAUGUAACUGUUUAAAUCGUACUUCGUUAUUUAUAGGUUAUGUUACAAUUUAAUUUAAUUUAAUUUUCCAUAAUUUUUAUGUUAAACUGUCUGUGCAACCAGUCAACCAACUGGGUUGUCUUCACACUUUAUUCAUUGUUAGCAGUAUUGUUUUGGAAAUGUUUUCGGCUUUUCAUAAAGGAAAGCAAUGAGCUUCUCAGUUAGACACAACUUAUUGUGAAGAUAAAUGUGAGGCAGCAGUCAAUAAUUGUAUCUAUUCGUCCUAUGCAUACUACUAUUGUAUACAACAACAACUACAAAUACUAUUAUUUAAUAUUAAUUAAUUACUACUGCUACUCCCCCACCCUACACUACACUACUUAUUGUUGCAGUAUGUGUGUGCGUGUGUGUAAUGUUAAACGUUUUUAUUUUUCUAGAUAAAUAUUAUUGUUAUCUUUGUCUUUAUAUGUAUUUUAAUUAUUUUAUUAUUUAAAAAAAAAACUGAUUGUACAAGUUAAUUACAAGCAAACAUAUAGUACGUACGCAACAUACAUAUGCAUACUUAAAUAGCAACACAACACAAUAAACAAAAAAUAUAUAA